AUGGGUACACUAUUAGAUGGAACUCCAAUUGCUGUGAAGAAACUCUCUUCGAAAUCAAAGCAAGGAAAUCGUGAAUUUGUGAAUGAAAUAGGCAUGAUAGCCGAGCACAAUAACUCUAAGUUAGAAAGUGAUUGGCCUACAAGACAAAGAAUUUGUGUUGGCAUUGCAAAAGGCUUGACAUUCCUGCACGAGGAUUCGGUGCUCAAAAUGGUUCAUAGGGACAUCAAGGCUACAAAUGUACUCCUGGAUGCUGACCUUACACCAAAGAUCUCAGAUUUUGGUUUGGCCAAACUUGAUGAAGAAGAAAACACUCACAUUACCACUAGAGUUGCUGGAACUAUAGGGUACAUGGCACCAGAAUAUGCAUUACGGGGAUACUUAACCUACAAAGCAGAUGUAUACAGUUUUGGAGUUCUUGCACUAGAAAUUGUUGUAGGAAAGAGUAAUAUGAAAUGUCGGCCAACUGAGGAUUAUUAUUGUCUUCUUGAUUGGGCUGUUGUUCUGCAACAAAAGGGGAGAUUGAUAGACUUGGUGGAUCCAAGAUUGGGCUCUGAUUUCAACAAAAAGGAGGCAGUGCGGAUGAUCAAAAUUGCUCUAUUAUGCACUAAUAAGGCCCCGGCUCUUAGGCCUACCAUGUCAGAAGUGGUUAAUAUGCUUGAGGGUCGUACUAAAAUAAAAGAACCAAACAUGAAUGUAAUUAUGUCUGAGGAGGAAUUGAUGUUAAAAGAAAUUGGACCAAAGUUUCACGAGAUGAAGCCCCAUGAUUCUGAUCAAACAGAGAUUUCUAUUGAACCAACAGCUUUCAGGUCGCACGACCUGUAUCCCGAUAGUCAAAAAUUCUGAAAAAUGUUGACGUGUACUUGCGUAAGCAUCGGUAUACUAGUUAAGUUCUUAAUACUACUUCUAUAAUGAGAUGCUUAUAUUUCAUUUAAAGAUUUUGAAUAUCUUGUUGUGACACUAAUACAGUAUGAAGCAUAUAGUUAUAUACAUGUGUGCAUUGAAACAAUAUCCUUGAUACAUUCAAUCCCCUGCGGCUUCUCAUGCUAAAACGCUGAUGGAAAAACUAUGAAUCGAGUAAGGUGAUAUGGUAUUAUAUAUAUAGAAGUAAGUUCAAAUAAAAACAGUAAAUAGUGUGAAAACGUAAAAAACAUUAUGUUUAUGUUAUUAUUUUGCAAUGAA